ACAGAAGGUCGUUUAAAAUCAAGCGAAAAAAGCCCUCCACAAAACACCCGCCUCCAAACCCUCUUCCACUGGCUUUCUCCCUCUCUUCCCAGGUCUCUCUAGUCUCUAGGGUUUUUCUUCCUCCAUUCCACUCUGUUUCGCACUGCACACAAUCAAUUGUGUGCGCGGUACUUGAUUGUGUGCGCGGUACUACCGCUAGGUUUUUGUUGAAAUCUGACACCGAGAAGCUAGCAACCAUGUCGUUGAGGCCGAAUGAGAGAACCGAGGUCCGCCGGAACCGUUACAAGGUGGCCGUGGACGCCGAUGAGGGACGCCGUAGACGGGAGGACAACAUGGUCGAGAUCCGCAAGAGCAAACGCGAGGAGAGCUUGCAGAAGAAGCGCCGCGAAGGCCUCCAGGCCCACCAGUCCUUCUCUUCCUCUCUCCACGCCUCUAACGUCGAGAAAAAGUUGGAAAGUCUUCCUUCGAUGGUUGCUGGGGUUUGGUCCGAUGAUAGUAAUUUGCAGCUAGAGGCUACCACUCAGUUUCGGAAGCUCCUUUCAAUUGAGAGAAACCCUCCAAUUGAGGAAGUUAUUCAAUCUGGGGUUGUUCCUCGGUUUGUUGAGUUUCUUGUCAGGGAGGACUUUCCUCAACUUCAGUUUGAGGCUGCUUGGGCUCUAACGAACAUAGCAUCAGGAACUUCGGAGAACACGAAGGUGGUGAUUGAGCAUGGUGCAGUUCCAAUCUUUGUCAAGCUACUGGGUUCCCCGAGUGAUGAUGUUCGGGAGCAGGCUGUGUGGGCAUUAGGAAAUGUUGCUGGGGAUUCCCCUAGAUGUCGUGAUCUUGUCCUCGGCCAUGGAGCCUUGCUUCCAUUGUUGGGGCAGUUGAAUGAGCAUGCAAAGCUUUCAAUGCUAAGAAAUGCCACAUGGACUCUAUCUAACUUCUGUAGGGGCAAGCCACAACCUCUCUUUGAUCAGGUGAGGCCAGCACUUCCUGCUCUUGAGCGUCUCAUCCAUUCAAAUGAUGAGGAAGUUUUGACAGAUGCCUGCUGGGCUCUUUCAUAUCUUUCUGAUGGUACAAACGACAAAAUCCAAGAUGUGAUUGAGGCAGGUGUCUGUGCCCGACUUAUUCAGCUCCUUCUACAUCCAUCGCCCUCAGUGCUCAUCCCUGCCCUUCGCACAGUUGGAAAUAUUGUGACAGGAGAUGAUAUUCAGACGCAGUUUAUAAUCACCCAUGGUGCACUGCCAUGUCUUCUGAGCCUUUUAACCCACAAUCAUAAAAAAAGCAUCAAGAAAGAAGCCUGUUGGACUAUCUCAAACAUUACAGCUGGAAACAGGGAGCAAAUACAGGCUGUUGUUGAUGCUAGUUUAAUUAGCCCCUUGGUCACUCUGCUUCAAAAUGCUGAGUUUGAUAUAAAGAAAGAGGCAGCUUGGGCAAUUUCAAAUGCUACUUCAGGCGGUACUCAUGAUCAAAUUAAGUACUUGGUGAGUCAAGGGUGUGUAAAACCCUUGUGCGAUCUUCUUGUAUGCCCGGAUGCAAGGAUUGUCACUGUCUGUUUAGAAGGGUUAGAGAACAUUCUGAGGGUUGGGGAAGCAGAUAAGGGUUUAGGCAACACUGGAGAGGUUAACUUAUAUGCCCAGAUGAUAGAUGACGCGGAGGGGUUAGAGAAAAUUGAAAAUCUUCAGAGUCAUGACAACAAUGAGAUCUAUGAAAAGGCAGUCAAACUUCUCGAAACAUAUUGGUUGGAGGAUGAGGACGAGGACGAGACAUUACCUUCAGGUGAUGAUUCCCAGCCUGGCUUUGGCUUUGGUGGGAAUGAGGUUAAAGUUCCAUCAGGGGGAUUCAACUUCAGCUGAAGGGAUUAGAGUUGGAUGAAGAAGUUCGUGGUGGGGAUGGCAAGGUAUAUGUUGGGUGAGGUCAGGGCAUCUUUCAGUGUCUCAUUUGAGUCAAGUCUGGUCAUUUGUUUGUUGAGGUCCAAAACGUGCCAAUGUGGGUCAGUUAUACCUUCAUGUCCAAAUAAUGUGGGACUAGGCGGGUUUAAUUGUGCCGCAAUGGCAUACAUAAUCAGUUGUUCUAGGGGUUUUCACCUGGCACCAUGGAAGGCUGCAACAUCAGCAUUGUUGCAUAAGCAGCACCCCAACGGAUAUGGUUUUCUUGGAUGCGUCUUCAGUCAUAUCGUUAACAACUAGUUUGGAUUUGUUUUGUUGUGUUGGGUGGAUAUAUUUUUGCUGUAUGCUGAAAGAAAGGAAGAGACUUAAAUGUUAUUUUUUUGUGGUAAUAAUCUUUUUAACGAUUUUUGUACCAAAGUUUAUGUUUGGUAAUCUAUUGUGGAAGUAGAAUACUA